AAUCAGGACAAGAACAAAUACAACACUCCAAAAUACCGCUUUAUUGUUCGAUUUACCAACAAGGACAUCAUUGCACAAAUAGUAUCUGCUAGCAUUGCUGGUGAUAUUGUUCUUGCUGUGGCAUAUGCACAUGAGUUGCCACGUUAUAGUCUUGAAGUAGGCCUUACAAAUUAUGCUGCAGGUUCUUUGUUUAUGAGGUUUGCUGGCUUUGAUAAGGAUAAGAAGGAGCUUGGUCCUGAGGUUCAUCGCAAAUAUAUCUUUGGAGGACAUGUUGCUUCCUAUAUGAAGACGCUGAUGGAAGAUGAACCAGAGAAAUACCAGUCACACUUCAAUGAAUAUAUCAGUGAAUAUUUGGAGUUAUGUUUAUAGUUUUACUCAUUUUGUAGUUUAGGAU